AUGGCCAACUCCUCCGAACUGAAGGGCCCGGAGGGCUCCGCCGGCACCCAGAGGGUCUCCCUCGACAGCUACGGCUCCUCCGUGCGGCACAACUCCGACGGCCUGCAGCGCCGUCUCGACAACCGCCAGAUCCAGCUCAUCGCCAUCGGUGGCACCAUCGGGACCGGCCUGUUCGUCACCAUCGGCGAGGGCCUCGUCAAGGGCGGCCCGGGCUCGCUCCUGCUGGCUUACACCCUCUACGCCUGCGUCGUCGCCCUCGUCAACAACUCCAUCGCCGAGAUGAGCACCUACAUGCCCGUCUCCGGCGGCUUCAUCCGUCUGGCCGGCGUCUGGGUCGACGACGCCCUCGGGUUCAUGGUCGGCUGGAACUACUUCCUCUACGAGGCGCUGCUGAUCCCGUUCGAGGUCACGGCGCUCAAUCUCGUCCUCUCGUUCUGGAGCGACAAGGUCACGGCGCCGGGUCCGACGGCGGGUAUCUGCGCGGCCAUCAUCAUCAGUUACGGUCUCAUGAAUGUGGCCGCCGUGGGCGUGUUUGGUGAAGCCGAGUUCUGGCUCUCCGGCGGCAAGGUCCUGCUCAUCUUCAUCCUGUUCCUCUUCACGUUCAUCACCAUGGUCGGCGGGAACCCGGCCCACGACGCCUACGGUUUCCGGCACUUCACCAACCCGGGCUCGUUUGCGACCUACAUGACCUCCGGCGACACGGGUCGCAUGGAGGGGUUCAUGGGCGCGCUGGCCACCGCGACCUUCACCGUCGUCGGGCCCGACUACAUCUCCAUGAUCGCCGCCGAGGCCAAGCACCCGUCCCUCUACAUCAAGUCGGCCUUCAAGACCGUGUACCUCCGCUUCGGCCUCUUCUUCGUCGGCGCCGCGCUGACCUGCGGCAUCGUGCUCCCCUACAACAACGCCACGCUGCAGAAGAUCUACCUCAACGGCGGCUCCGGCGGCGGCACCGCCGCGGCCUCGCCGUGGGUCAUGGCCAUGGAGAACAUGGGCAUCCAGGGCCUCCCCCACCUCGUCAAUGCGCUGCUCUUCACGACCAUCUACUCGGCGGGCAACACGUACACGUACUGCGCGACGCGGUCGCUGUACAGCCUGGCGCUCGACGGCCGGGCGCCCGCCGUGUUCCGCAAGACGACCAAGAACGGCGUGCCCAUCUUCUGCUUCGCCUUCACCAUGAUCUUCCCGAUGCUGUCCUUCCUGCAGUGCGGCAGCGGCUCCGCGAAGGUGCUGAGCUGGCUGCUGGCGCUCAUCACGGGCGGCGGCGUCAUCAACUACCUCGUCAUGUCCAUCACGUUCCUCAACUACCACCGCGCGUGCCAGGUGCAGAACGUCGACCGCCGCAAGAUGCCGUACUACGGCUACUUCCAGCCCUACGGCGCGUGGAUCGCGCUCGUGCUGCAGACCAUCGUCGUGCUGACGUACGGCUGGUCCGCGUUCCGUCCGGCGUUCGAUGUCGGGUCGUUCUUCUCCAACUACACCAUGCAGAUCGUCGCGCCGCUGCUGUUCAUCAUCUGGAAGGUCGUGAAGCGCACCAAGUACGUCCGGCCCGAGGUCCUGGAUCUGCAGUGGGACCGCCCCAUCAUCGAGGCGUACGAGGAACACCUCACGGUCCACGAGCCGCCGACGACCUUCUGGAGAGAGAUGGUGCAGAUGGUCGGCAUCGGGCGCAAUAAGGUCAUCAAGGGUGAGAAGGCGUGA